AUGGGCCGCAGCGACUUAAUUGAGACAUGCUGCCGACUCCAGAGGAGCUGCAAAGACUUACAGUGCUCCCUCGACGAGCUUCGCGACGAAGGUGCUCGCCUUGGGGCAGAGAAGGCCGACCUCGAACGCGAAGUUGCUCAAACGGAACUGCUUCUUGAGCGCCUGCACCGCGACGACGGCGUCGUCGGGAACUUCUUCAAGGAUAUCGGCAUUCACCAAAUUUCCGACUUUAUCCAGCACGUCCGGACGCAGACUCCGGAAGCAGCUGCAGCAGCGGCCGCUGCGGCGGCUGCGGCAGCGGCGGCUUUUGGAUCCUCUGCGAGCGCGCUGAUGAAGGAGACGCAGAAGCAUCAGUUCGGGAUCCGGCGAGAACCUGUCCUAGAUGGUCUCAGUAGACGACAAGCGGCCGGGCUCCGCGAGCAAGGACAACCCGUUUUUCAGGCAACACAGAGAAAGGGAGAGGCGCUGUUAAGCAGUGCGGAGCGAGCGGCGUCCGAUAGCAUUUUCACGACAGCCUCGUCAUCUUCGCUGGCGGGAAAAACUCCCACGGAAGCAGCCAAGGAAAUCGCCCGCGCCAUGACCGAGGCCGCGACGGAGGCGUGGCACAGAACGAGCAGCCAGCGGCUUGGGCUGGCGGGAGCCGGGGAGAAGAAGGCCCACAAGGAGGAGGCUGAAAAGGCGUCGCCCUUGCUGGAAAGCGAAGAGAAGCAGGAAGAAAGGAGUCGUCAAGACCCCUUCUCCGACGAACUGGUCAUGAGAGCCGUCGGACAACAAGGCGGGAGCAGCGUACGGGCCCUCUUGCAGCGGAAGCAGACGGAGGAGAGACUCCAGAGACAGAUAGCCCAGUGGCUCGACGACGCGAGCAGCCUGUCGAUCGAGGAAGUCCCUCGGCCUUCUCAAGCUUUUCCAGUUCCAAGUUUGGCUUCCGGUCUGACUCCAGCUCUCUCUACUGUCACGUCUUACUCUUCAUCUGGCGCGUCUCUUGCGGUGACGCCUGGCGUGUCUUUGCCUGUGGACCCACCCCGUGAGUCUGAGGCUGUGCGUGGGGAGCCCGGGUGUGAGGCAGGCGCGAACAGCGAGAAGGCUACUCAAGAAGGCCCAGCAGAAGUCUUCGAGGUGGAACCCGCUGGCGCAGAUGUCCCUCUCUCGACACACGAGGAAAGACAACGCGCCCGCCAACUCUGCGACGCCAGGCUCCUCGCCAUGCAAGUGGAGAAGGCCCUUGGAAUGCUUGACAUCGGCCGCUUCGCCCCGCAGUACCUACCCUCGGCGGCCUGCUCUGCUCCCGCGGACGCCUACUCGACGCAGAAGAAAGACGGCUCUGCGCCAGGCGAAGGAGACAGCCGCGCUGAAGGGAAAAGAGACGGAGACGCCUGCUCGGGUUUCAUCGAUGGGUCCAGUCUCGACGACCUCUGUGCACGCGUUUUCGGGGAACAGCGCAACGACACCGUCCCCCAAAUAGAGGCGCCACAAAGAGAGAAACUGAGGCCGCAGAAAGAGAGACAGGACUCGAAGGCCGACUCCGACAAAGAUGCAGUGGAGAUGAAGAAGGAACUGCACAAAAGGGGCACCGCAAGCUGUGUAGACGCAGGUUCGCGGGGAGGUGGGGGCGUUUUAGAGACGAAGUCGAGCAAAGAAAACGAUGAGGGUCAAGAGUCGGAGCGGUCGCCACUGUGCGAAGGUGCUGCGUCUCCCGCCGAGUCUCAGGCGGAGGAACAGCCGUCGGAUGCGAAUGGUCUUUCUUUGCAGCCGUCAAGUCAGGAAGACGGAGGGUUUUACGCCGCUUCAAGCGAGCUCAGAGAAGACGGAGACGGCUUAGAAACGAGCUCUCCGGAGAAAACGAAAAUCGUGUUCGAGCGUGAGAAGCCUCGAGAAGAAGGCCGGGAACCCGCCUCAGUUCCUCCCGCAGAGCAGGCCGAAACCCCCAGCGCGGUGCACGCUUUGGCGCCGGCGUCUGUCACGUGGGAGGGGCCUCCUGCGCUUGGAGCCAGGGGGAAAAAGGAAGAAGCGGAAAUCGGGAGGCUUUUUCUGGAAGAGGCUCACGGGGACACGACGACUGGGGGGGCUCCUGGGGCCUCCAAGUCGAGGAACGAGACGGCUUCCUUGCCUGCGUCGAGCUCUCCUUUCUCUCCCGCUUCGGCCAUGACCGUGGAGUGCCAGCUGCUGCCUGAUGGCGCUGUUUUUCUCUCCUGGAAAUUUGGCCCCGAACCGCGAGCCCUCGUGGCUGCUGCGCCUGCAGGAACCUGCCGGCAACUCGAGGUCCAAGUGAGCGUCCUCGACCUCACUGCACAGUUCGAAGCCGCCUCGCUGAAGGUAUCCUCUUCGAAGACCGCCUCGCCUUCCGGCCUCCUGGCGCCCAUGCAGAAGACGCGGGCCGCGACGUUGCUUCUUGACUCGCUGCAACUCGAGCGAGAGUACCACUUGACCCUCAUCGCGCGCUGCAUGCAACUCACCUUUUCGACGGGCGUCGAGGAAGACUGUGGCGAGCCAGUUUGCGGCGUGACUGUCCAUUUUCGUCUGCAUGCAGACGGCCUGAGGAGCCUCCGCAUGCGCCCCGUUAGUCUCUCGACUCUCGCCUUCUUCCCCACGAGGAGACACGCCGCCCCAGAGCUCCCUGCCUCCACACCCCACAACGCGCCUGCCCCCACUUCCUACCACUCUCCGUCUCUUUCCAACGGGGGAAACGGAUCCAGCGCCGUGACGGAUCAGGAAUACUGUUCUGCCUCUUCAUCUCCUCCGGCCUCUUCUUCUCUCGCCUCUUCUUCUUCUUCUUUUGUCGCCUCUUCUUUUGCUCGCGCCUCCGCUGUGAGGCAGAAAGGGGCAGGGCAACCCGUGCAGCCGCCUUGCGCGCAUGUGGACGGCGAGAUAGUCAGAGCGGACGAGCUUCGAGGAGUCGCUUGUUUGCCGGAGAUGAAAACUCCGUUUAGCCAGCAGGCAGUCUUCUCGCCAUCUUCGGCCCGCGCGGAGAGUGACGUCCCCAGAAGCGCGGAAGAGCGCGUUCAGAGCGAGGCGCCGGGGAAGGCCCCUGUGGGAUGCAUAGAGACAAGGCCCACUAAUUGUGUCCCCGCCGCAGAGACUUCUUCACUUUCUCAGUGGACGUCGACUGACGAGAGCCCCUGCUGGCGUGCAAGUUCUCCAAAUGAGUUUUUCUUUUCUCCAAUUCCGACCGACGCCGGAUGCACAAACGCGCGAACUCAGGUGGCGGGUUUCGCCUCACACCCGACGCCACCUGAGACUACCGCGUUUCACUCGGUCGCUGCGCGACCUCUCUCGGCGGCCUCAGACACUCGUGGACUUCUCACAGUCGCUUUCCAGUCGCCUGAAGGGGAGCGCGUGGGGCCAGUUGGGGGCGAGAAGGGGGGAACUCGCAGCUUCUCACCCUCUGGCAGUGAAGAGGUUACGCUUUCGACCGGCAGAUCUGAGGUCGGAGUGGAGGCGCGCCCUCGAACGCUGGGUGUCUCUCCUCUAGGAAGGGAGAACAUCUCUCGCUCCGCGUUUCCCCACUCUUCUUUUGGGGUUUCCCGGCCGUCUCCGCAGCUGGAGCCUACUUCGCAUGCACCUUCUGUUGGCCUCCCCGUCGCUGGCUCUGCCGGAGGGACUCUUGGGUCUGUUCUUCCCGUUUUCCAAGCUCCUGGAUAUCCAAGCGGAGUGAGAGACAACCUUCCUUCCCCAUUGCACCCUUCUUCAGUCUCCGCAGUUUCUUCAUCGGUGCUGUUUUUUCCUCAGCCUGCGCAAGGCAAUCUCGUACCCCACGCUACGAGGCUGGAAGCCCGUGCCUCUCCUCAGUCUCCAUCCGCUCCGACAGUUUGCCUCGACUCCGCCCCCGAGAGCCUCCCCCUGGCAAGGUCGACGGCUGCCCUCUCAGACGUCGUCGAGUCGCUGAAGAGCUUCGAGGCUUCGGCCUGGCAGCUGGCCCGCGGGGGCGCCCGGGCGCACCAAGCGACGUUGGAUGGUGGCGAGGCGUCGAGUCCUUCGCGGCUUCGCGGCCGGGGCCUGACGUCUCUCGGGUGUCUCUACACGCGCACAGACACCGAGCAGGGCGAGGAGGCAGAGCGGAGCGACGCGAGCGCCUUCCGAACUUCUCAGGAGCCUGGAGAUGCAUGCGCCGCGCCGGGGGUCAGCGGCUGCCGCCUCGGAGGAAGUCUCGGCUCUGCGGCGAAGGCUUCAAGCUUGGGAGCCGAGGGAGGUGGGAGAGUUCGCAGCUCUUCGUUCCGGAGAGAACAGAAACAGCAAUGGGUGCAGUGCAGGAAGCAACUGUGGGCGAUGCCAGAAAGCGUUCGCGUUCGCGCCUUGAGUUCCAGCACCUCGAAAACUCUCUCCGCCGGAGAGGCUCACCAGCCUGCAGCGACUCCCGCGCUUCAGCCGAACGCGGAUUUCGCUGCUCAAGGCCCGACCGUGGAGUCGCGUCUCCCUGGCAGUUCUCCCGUGGCGCCUCAGAGCGGCUCGUCAGACGCCGACUCUCUGGCGUCCGGACUUCCCUGCGGGAGUCCAAGCCUCCAUGUGCCUUCCCUAGGACAAGGCAGCGAUUUCUCGCAGGGCAACGCGCCUUUGUCGCAUGCAGUGCGUUCCUGGCCUCCAACUGAGGAGACGAACGCGCAUCCAGGGAAGAAGAACCUGUUUCCAGAGACAGCGACUGACGCUGCGUCUCCACCCGUGGCGGAAGUUUUACACCGGGGGGGCACCUACGCUGCAGAGGCGUUUGCAGCCGCGCAGAGUCCAGCAACAGUUUCAUCGACUGCGCCCGUGAGCGAAGGCAGUGGAGCAAAGAGACUCAAUCCCAGCCGAGGGGCGACAAGAGACCUGGAGGCAUCCGUGCCUGGCGCCCAAGACACUUGUCGCCAUCCCGAAGCCCGCCUGACGACCGGCGGAGUCGCACCCGCUGCUACCUCUGCGUCUGCAAGAGAUGUCUUCGGUUUGGAGGCAGAAAAAAGCCGCGUGAGAAGAGAAAACGAGACAGAUGGGCCGAACCCGACCGUCUACGAGGUUGGCGCGCUCGCGAGUCUGAUGGCGGUGCGAAGGCAAGAAGAAGAACUCAAGAAGGUGCUCCAGGAACAGAGAGUGAAGCAGCAGCAGCUCCAGCGACGUCAGCAGGAUCUGCAGAGGCACUUGGAGGCAGCCGGAAUCCGAGAGCAAAGACUCCAGGCGUCGCACAGCUCUCUCUCUGGGGCAGCGACUGCGCCAGAGAGCGACGUUGUUUCUGUUAAGUCGGGAGUUUCUCGUGAUGCGUCAGACAGAAGGCCGACUCAGGCGGCGGGGGGAGAAUGCAGCGGCAUGAGUGCUUGUGGGACUUCUCUGGAAACACGAGUGGGAGCGGGAGAGCCAGGAGAAGGCAGAGAUCAGGACUCGAGGGAAGGAGAAAAGAGCUUGCGAGGCGACCCUCCGCAAAUGCCAAAGGUUGUCGGAAGUCUCGCGGUGAAGGCGGCUCCACCCGCCAACCUCUCAGUCAUCGCCCCCAAGACGCAGACCCACCGCGAGGCCGCUGCGUCGCUCUCAUCUUCGCCGUCUCGAGCCGCUCAGAGCUGCUUGCUGUCGGGCUCGGUCGCAUCUGGUGUUUUCCCGAAUCACAGAUCUUGUUCCGUCGCUCCUGGGGUGUCUCUGCAUGCGUCAGAGCCGCGCUUGUACUACGCAAACAGCCUCGUUUCCUCGCGGGAGGACCUGCUGACAGAGGCGACCAAACACUCCGGACAAGUCACCAACAUGGUGUCUUCCUCGCAGGAAAUCUUGCGUGCAGGGGAAUCUGGUGUUUUCGCAGUCGCAACGGACCUCGAGAAGAGGCAGGAGGCACACCAGGGAGCGCACCCUCGAGUCCAGGGGCUGAGCCUCCAGAGUUUUCCACCAUGCGGAUUUCAGGACAUCCCUGCAGGGGGACGGGAGCGACUGGGCGGCGCGGUUGGGGUGCCGACGGCACUUCCAGUCGUGGGCCUUGGAAAAAACGUCUCGCUUUUGGAUGGAAAACGCAUGCGAUACGCUGGCGCGACCCAGAGCUCUCCUCAGCAACUGUGGGCGCCGGAGCUCGGCGCGCCUCUUCCCCGAGUUCCGCCGCUAGACCCGCAGAUGGCUCAGGCCGCGCCGCGGCGGUUGUCCCCCAACCGACGGCCGACCGCUGGAGACACCUCACGGACCCUGCCGUCUCCCUGGAGCACGCCACAGCGCAUGCAUCGCGCGGGAUUUCCUAACGCGCCUGCCGCUCCGGCUGCGGCUUCGCCUCUGGCAAACCGAGACCGCGCUGCGAGGACUCCCUCGACUGAGACGGGCCUGCGCCGCGUGCCCUUGGGAGAUGGUGGGGACGGCGCCACCGGUCAGAGCUCAGGGGAGAAGCAAGUGAAGGAGACGCAACAAACAGAUACUGAGGCCUCCUGGGGCUCCCGCGUCCUCACAUCUCUGGGAAGUGCUGUCUUGGCCUUGAGCCCCUCGCGGUCCUCCGCCCUUUCGCAGGCUUCUGUCUCUCUGCAGGCUUCCACCUCUCUGCAGACGCGACGUCGCUCGCUGGAACCGGUUGGCCGGGUCGACGGAAGACCCAGCGCCGCUCUGCUCCCGCCGGAACUGAAUGCGUCGGCGUCCCCGAGUCUCUUCGCAGCUGCGUCGCCGCCCCGCUCUGUGGCUGCCGACCCCCGACUGAUGCACACGAUGUCUCUCUCGAUUCAGCCGAUGCCCCGGGGUAUCUUGGCGCCUCAGGGAAAUCAAGCCUUCCCGGGGUUGCCGUUAGUCCCGGCGAACGCACCCGCUCCUCGACCGGUUGCUGCAGCGUCGUCCGUUUCAGGCGUCUCCGUGUUCCCCUCUCCGGGGGUUGUUUCUCCGUCUGUCACAGCUUCUUUCUCGAGCGCUGCUCAGGUCUUGCCAGGAAAUGCACUCGGGGGUGCCGUCCACCCCCAGUGUUCUGGGUUUGGGCUUCUUCGGCCGGCUUCAGGAGCUCCGAGUUCGCCGGUCGUGUCUGCUGCCCGCCUCCCGCCGGGUGCUUCUGCGGUCCAUACACCGAAGGCGUUGACUUCCGGGGUCGCUAGGCCGGCCCCGCUUUCGUAUGCGCACCACCUCGCAGUGACAUCUCAAAACAGCGGAGUCGCAGCCGCUGCUUCACUCGCAGUCCCAGGCGACGGGAAGGAGAACCGUGGAACGCACGAGGCGGCGGAAGUGACCCGCCUACAAGAAACUGCACCAGGAGCUCAGGCAGUGCAGGCACCCGUAUAUAAACCGGCCUCUUUUGUGUCGCUCUCACAGGGAGAAGCGAGGGAAGGCCCAGGUUCGCAGAGUGCCAAUGCUGUCAGUGCCAAAGGUGGAGAUACUGCGGGACACUCAGGAACUGCGCAGCUGCUGCGGCCGAGCUCUGGCCCCCCGGGGGGCGCAGGGAAGCUGGGGAGACAAGUGACGUUUUACUGAAAUUAGGAAUUGGACGAACGCGCUUUGUCCGCGCCGUCCGCAUGCGUUGGCUGCCAGAUGCAGGUCACAGACUACAAGACAGGUGUCUCAAAAGAAGCUAAGGCCCCGCGGCACAGGGGGGAGGAGGAUA